CUUGUCAGCGGAAGUAAUUGGAUGUGAGACGACCACCGCUAGGAGAAGUAAACAUGGAUGCCGAAACCUCGCACAAGACUUGGUGUCUGCAGAAUAGUGUGGAAACGGUGAGCAGUGUGGACGAAAUAUAUCGGUACGACAAGAAACAACAGCAGGAUAUACUCACAGCGAAACCAUGGGAGAAAAAUCCGCAUUACUUCAAGUAUAUAAAAAUCUCAGCUCUAGCUCUCCUCAAAAUGGUCAUGCACGCUCGAUCAGGUGGAAACCUUGAAGUAAUGGGUCUCUUGCUAGGUAAAGUUGAUGGCAACACCAUGUUAGUUAUGGACAGUUUUGCUGCCCCUGUGGAAGGAACUGAGACCCGAGUAAAUGCACAGGCUCAGGCAUACGAGUACAUGGCCGCCUAUACUGAAUCAUCAAAACAAGUUGGUCGUCUUGAAAAUGUGAUUGGUUGGUACCACAGUCAUCCAGGGUAUGGAUGCUGGCUUUCUGGUAUUGAUGUCAGCACUCAAAUGUUAAACCAACAAUUCCAGGAGCCUUUCGUUGCCAUUGUGGUUGAUCCUGUCAGAACUAUAUCAGCUGGCAAGGUGAAUAUGGGAGCUUUUCGUACCUACCCAAAGGGUUAUCGACCUGCAGACGAGGGACCAUCUGAGUAUCAGUCCAUUCCACUAAACAAGAUUGAAGAUUUUGGUGUGCACUGCAAGCAGUACUAUUCUCUCGAUGUAUCCUAUUUCAAGUCAUCGUUGGAUCGUAAGUUAUUGGAGUCCCUCUGGAACAAAUACUGGGUCAAUACAUUAAGUUCAUCAAGUUUUCUGGCUAAUGCCGAAUAUACAACUGGCCAGAUCUUUGAUUUAUCAGAAAAACUUGAGCAGUCUGAAGCACAACUGGGGCGCUGUGGUUUCAUGCUUGGCAUGGAUGCCUUUGAGAAAAAAUCAGAAGACAAAUUAUCCAAAGCUACUAAAGAUGGGUGUAAAACUACCAUUGAAGCUAUCCAUGGAUUGAUGUCUCAAGUGAUUAAAGACUGGCUGUUUAACCAUGUACAUGUUGGAGAUAGGAACGAGUCGGCCACACUAGCUAUUGACCAAGCAAAACCAGGGACAUCUGAUGUUGCCAUGGUAGUUGAUGAAGAGAAGAUGUCUACAUAAGUGAAUGAAAAACAAAAAAAACAACAACAAACAUCCAAAAAUAAGACAUUUUCAAAAUGAACUUUUAUCACA